CGUGGGAUUCCGCGAAAUAGUUUCUUGGAGUUGGGAGAACUGCUGCGCGCUACUAAAUGGGACAAGUUGACGCAUGAAUGAGAGCGCGCAGGAGGCGACACAGACCGGCAACAACCGCUCGUCGGCCGAACUCAGCUGUUUAUCGAUCCGCCGGUUAGACUUAUCAGCCAGAAGGAGGGAAAAGCCGGGGAACGACUAGAGCGGUUAUCUUUCCUGAGGCGGUCUUUAUCCGCCCAGCAUCCUUAGCUAGAGAACGCACAGGACAGACGCAUUUAAGAGGACACGUGGAUGAUCCACCAGAGGACCCCUGUCCACAUUCUCGACCAGUUUUCUCUGCAGAAUUUCGGUAGAUAAAAGAGAGUGGCGGAAUCUGCGACAGUGAUGGAUGUCUCUGCAGACUGCGUGGCCGCUCGUCCUCUGGAGAGGACAGAGGACGUGCUGAAAGACACCCAGGAGAACCGGACUUUACUGAUGGUGGCGAUGAUUUUACUGGACUUAAAGAAAUGCAGCCCUGAGGACACCAGUGGAGGCACGGGCGAAGCCGAGGAAGAGGAGGAGGAGCGGCGGGACAGCUGCCGCCUGAGCGGCGAGGACAGCCGGACCUCGCCGGUCCUCAAACAGCCGCGGAACCGGGUGGUGGGCAGACAGGCGUCCCUGGAGAAGAGACACUGCUGUCCCUUCGACGGCUGCGGGAAGGUCUACGGGAAGUCGUCGCACCUCAAAGCCCACCUCAGGGUCCACACCGGUGAGCGACCCUUCAAGUGUACCUGGCCAGACUGUGGUAAGAAGUUCUCCCGGUCCGACGAGCUGACCCGUCACUACCGCACGCACACGGGCGAGAAGCGCUUCACCUGUCCACUGUGCGACAAGUGCUUCAUGAGGAGCGACCACCUGACGAAACACGCCCGGCGACACGCUGGCUUCCAUCCAAGCAUGCUUCAGGGUCCCAGCGUGGCCAAGAGACGCCGCUGCUCUGUCUCCAUGUCCUCCUCUGAUUCUGGAGACCAAAGUCCCUCCGGAGUGUGAAACGUGCACACCCUUUCAUACUCGCAUAAUGCUACACAGUAGAUACAGAGGUACACACACCCACAUGCAUGGUGCGCAUACCUUUUCAUAAACGCUGUCAAGUCGGACAGAUCAUCCAGCCAGGACGCAGUUCAGGGAGCCCUAUCAUCACAUGUGGAGUCGUGCAGCAGGAGACACAAACACGUCCAGCCUGACUGUAAACAAAUUACCAUCUUAUUUCUCGAUGUAAUUCAUAUUUAUUAAGGGUUGUGCAGGGAUUGUCAGAAAAAAGCCUAGCUGUCUUGCCUUGUUCGAUUUGUAAUGUGCAACUUUUUCUAAAGGAAUCCCUCUUUCAAAGGGCAUUCCUGUGCAUACACACUAUUGCUUUUACAAAAUGCUGCACAUGUUGAUUUUGCACUGUGCUGCAUUUGAAGAUGCUAAUAAAGUACUACAAAGGAACUUUUUACCAAGUGCACUGGGAAAUAUGUGCAAAUAGUCCUUAAAUACUUUUUUUUUUAAAAAUUUUUCUUUAGUUCUGGACCAUUAAAGAAUAAAGCAGUAUUACAAUGUAGAUAUAUCAAAUAUACUUGCUGAGUAUAUUGUAGUUAAGUGCUAUUAGAAAAUAAGAGAAGUCAUAAUAAUAGGAAAUUUGUUUUUGGCAAUAGAAAAAACUUUAGUGCCGUGUGUUUUGAAGCUUUAGUUAAAUAUUUAGAAUAAAAUAUUUUCAUACAACAUGAGAUACAUGCACCUUUAUACAUCUCUUUAACAACAUGUGAGCCAUUCUCAUAGAAAACCACUUCAGCUUCUCUUUUGUUCUUUUCUGACUUGAAUUGCGCAGGACAACACAACAGGGUAAAGCCUCUCAGGAGUUGAUGGGUAGCUUCUUUUGGCUUGGUGAACAGCAGAUCAACAGUACGGACGGUGCCAGUUGCUGUAUGCUGUAAACAGGUUUUGUUAGUGUGAGGACUGCAUUUCACAACCCAUUCCGCCGCAUGUGGCCAUGCCAAUCCACACUACGCCCCCAUGUGGCGACACAGAAGCACAUUUCCCAAAACAAAGAGUCACGCAACAGAACUUUUUUUUUGUUUGCUGUAGCAUGUGGAGGACAGCCCUCAUCCUUCAUUAGGUGUUUUCCUUCAUGUAGCGCGCUUGUUUGUAUUUUUAUUUGUCUACUAAUCAUUUUGUACAUAUUACUAAUGGAAUUGAGGGUUUUCUCGUAAGUUCACUACAGGAGCCAUAUUGCAGUGUUGAUGUCAUAAAGUUCUCUUUUUAUACUUGCUAUUCAUUCAAUCGUCCAAAUACAGAAACCACAUUCAUUUGCUUGCUAAUUAUUUUUCUGUCUUUAUUUAUAACUGUGAUUAAAGCUGGUGCCUUUCAGGUGGAAAUCCUUGUUUUUGAUGCAACUGUGCUGCAAUCAGGGACUGAUGAUGCAAACUCCCGCAUUGAUGCAAUACAGACAGCUGUGUAACAAUUACCGCUCAUGGUUUUAACAAUAAAAGAACUUUUAUUUCUUA